CUCGCUCCCCGGCCAUCUUGGAGCUACACCUCUGGUCCGGCAUCCCCGCGCUGCAAUCAUGGUGGCCGCCAAGAAGACGAAAAAGUCUUUGGAGUCUAUCAACUCUAGGCUUCAGCUGGUGAUGAAAAGUGGCAAAUAUGUCCUGGGAUAUAAGCAGACCUUGAAAAUGAUCCGACAGGGCAAAGCUAAGCUGGUUAUACUUGCCAACAACUGCCCAGCUCUGAGGAAAUCCGAGAUUGAGUACUAUGCAAUGUUGGCAAAGACUGGUGUGCACCACUACAGCGGCAACAACAUUGAAUUGGGUACAGCCUGCGGAAAGUACUACAGAGUAUGCACACUGGCUAUUAUUGAUCCAGGUGAUUCAGACAUAAUCAGAAGCAUGCCAGAGCAACAGGCCAUUGAGAAAUAAAUGUAAAAACUGUUCAAAAUAAAACUGGUUUC